AUGCAAGCAGAAAUUCUUUCUGGGGUUUUGAAACAAAAGCUAGUGCAAGUAGGAAGAGUUGAAGAAGGAAGGCGCAUGAUAAAGGAUAGGUUACACCAUAGGAAGGUGUUGAUUGUGCUUGAUGAUGUUGACAACCUUGAGCAGCUAGAACAGUUAGUUGGAUCACAUGAUUGGUUCGGUGAAGGAAGCCGGAUAAUAAUCACAACUAGAGAUGAGCAUGUAUUAAGUGGACACAGAGUAGAUGUUAUACACAAAAUUAGCUUGUUAAACGAUGACGAGGCUAUGAAGCUUUUUUGUAAACAUGCACCCCAGGGUCAGAAUCCUACAGAAGAUUAUGAGUUGCUUUCAAAAGAUGUGGUUUCUUAUGCCUGUGGGCUCCCAUUAGCACUUAGAGUUCUGGGUCGUUUUCUAUGCGACAAAGAUAUGAAUGAGUGGAGGUGUGCCUUGGCUAGAUUGAAAGAAAUUCCAGAUGCUAAUAUUUUGGAAAAGCUAAAAAUCAGCUAUGAUCCCACAUCGGCCGAAAGUACUAUAAGUUGGUGGCUUAUAAGUCUAGGUGUCCCCUCCUCCUACAAGCUGGCUUUUGGGAGUGAGUUCUACACUUGGGCUUAUGGCAUGAUGCGGGCCUAG